AUGACAGACCAACAAAUGUAUCUGGCCGUAGCUCCCAGAGCCAGCUCGUCCCAUCUGAACAGACCAGCACGUCAGCUCGUGCCCGCCUUUCUCCAGAAGCUAUACGAGAUGGUUAAUGACCCCUCAGACCACGAUCUCAUCCGAUGGUCUGACGCCGGUGACUCCUUCUUCGUUCUAGACCAAGAGCGCUUCGCAAGCGAAGUCCUAGGACGCUGGUUCAAACACAAGAAUUUCUCCUCAUUCGUCCGCCAGCUCAACAUGUACGGCUUCCACAAAAUUCCUCAUCUCCAACAAGGCGUGCUCCGUUCGGAUUCCGAUACCGAAUUCUGGAACUUCGAGCACCCCCAUUUCCUCCGUGGCCAACCGGAUAUGCUCUGCCUUAUCCAGCGCAAAAAGCAGACUGCAACAUCGGCUUCUGACAUUGCUGCUGCUGUUGCUGAAGUUCCCAAUAGAGAUAUGAGCGCGGCUGCGCCCGCAGGCGCCUUGACCCCUGGCCAGUUGAUGGAUAUGAAUUCGAUUGUGAAUGGUAUUCAAGCCAUAAAAAGACACCAAGCUGCCAUUUCUGCUGACCUCAAUGACCUCAAGUCCUCCAACCAACAUCUCUGGCAGGAAGCUAUCGCUGCCCGUGAGAGGCACAAGAAACACCAGGACACCAUUAACCGUAUCCUCAAAUUCCUUGCGGGUGUAUUCGGUCAUGCAGACAAUCCAAUACGCAAGGAUGAUAUAGGUGGUGGUGGUGGGGUUGUCGGUGGCAACGAGGGGGGUGAGAUCGUAGCGAGGAAACCACAGCGGCUGAUGAUUGGCGAUGGACGCAGUGGCGUAGGGAGUGGUGCGAAGAAGGGCAUGGACGUGACUGAGAUCAUAGAGGACCAACCGAGGACCAGCAUAGAUAGUGCAAAGUCGUCUGAAAUGGAUUUUUUCGCAUCUCUAGACACACCUUCUGCUCUCCCAUCUGAAUAUGGCCCUUCGUGCAAUACCUCACCCCGAUUUGCGUCCAUUGAACCCUCUCUCCAUGAUGCCCCAACUCCCUCAGCAGAUGCAAAUACCACUCCACACCCCCACACCGCCCCCGUUAACAGCCCCCCUACGGCCAACGCCAUCAACCCAAAUCCAUCAAAUAUAAAUACCGCCUCACCCACCUCGCCAAAUUCCUCAUUCCCUCGCCCAGCCCCACUCCACCACUCAGUCUCUGCGCCCGCCUACACCUCCCUAACCACGACAUCCCCUCCUCCUUCCCCGCAGAAUGACGCUCUCAUCCACGCUGCACUGUCCCAGGUGCUCUCGUCUCCUGUGCAAAUGCAGAAGCUGAUAGCGGCUCUUGGUGGGGGUGGGUUCUCGUUUCCGGGAGACGGUCAUACGCAAGGAAUCCUACCACAGUCUAUCAUGCAGCAGCCUUUCCCCAGCCAGUCCCAGCCCCAGCCCCAACCCCAGCCCCAACCGCAAUCACAACCUCAACCACAGUUGCCGCAACACACAAACGUCAACCCAGCGCAAUUGAUGCCCUACGACCCUGCCGCGUAUCAGGCUGAUUACUCUGGUUCAUACUCCCUCCUCCCGCAGAGUGGUGCUGGCGACCUAGCGCCCUUCGCAGAACACGACGAUCACCUGCAGAAGACCUACUCCUCAGCACACGAGAUCAACACAGAUGUCGACUCGCUAGAGACGAAUAUCCAUUCCCUUAUUCAGAGCCUUGGCUUUGAUCCGACGACAUUCGACGCUACGGACGCUGCGCACCAGCACCUCGACGACCCCUUUGGGGUAGGCUCGGGGCAGGAUUCUUUCGACAUUGGGUCAUAUCUGAACGGGAUGGAUUUGGCGUCUGGUUCAGCUGGUCAUACGGGCCAGGGUGAGGAAGACCCAGAUAUAGAGAGCCUAAGACUGGCAGACAAGCUGGACUCAUCGACUGCGCGUGGAGCAGGCGUGGACAAAAAAGUGCCGAGUGAACAAGUGCAUGCAUUCCUCGACGGGGUUGCUUCGCAGGAUGGCGGUGUGGACAUGGCUACUUCUUUGAUGCAAACAAAUCAAAAUGCGAACGUUACACGGGGCCGCAAGCGUAAAUCAGACGUAGCGGAUGUUGGGUUACUCUCGGGUGCGACAGAAUCGACAUCAUCAUCAGUGGGAACAGGUGGUAGGACUAAGAGGAAAAGAUGA